AUGAAAAUCGACAGAACCAGAUUGAAAAAGUGCACUUCUGAAGUGCCUGCCGAAUGCCAAGCACUAAUCAGUAAAUUGAGAUCAUGCUCUCACAGUGAAUUACUAGAAGAAUUAAAACAAAUAGAUGCUUGGACUUUCGGAAAAUGUGAAUUAUUUCACUGGAUCGAUGUACUCGAUCUCAGUGACAGUAUACUAGAAGCAGCUGUUGCAAGAAGUCCUGAUAACCCAUGGGAAUUAGCAUGUGAUCUUCCACAGAAUAGAGAAGCAAAAGAACUGCUUCUCUGGGUUCUUCAUUUCACCACUCUAUUGAUAGAGCAUUCAUUUUCUCGACACCUUUACAACAGUAUGGAACAUCUUGUGACUUUGUUAUCGAGUCGUGACAUGCAAGUCGUCCUUGGUGUUCUGAGUCUUUUGUAUAUGUUCAGUAAACGAAGUAACUUUAUCACUCGCUUGAAUAGUGACAAACGACAGGCUUUACUCAGUCGUUUAAAUCAUUUAGCUGAGAGUUGGGGUGGCAAAGAAAAUGGCUUCGGUCUUGCAGAUUGUUGUAAAGAACAUCCAGAUAAACCUUUUCCACCAAGUGCUACGACUUUACACUUUGAAUACUACGCAGAAAAUCCAACAACUAAUGAAGCAACUAGUAAUUCAACCGUAAGUUCGAACACUAAAAAAGUUGGACAAACUAAUUUAGUAACAUAUAUACAUAUUGAAAAUGUGGAUAAACUUGGCAAGACACCAGCACAAAUUAUGAACGACUUGUUAAAAUUUUACAAUGUACCACAAGAGAGACAAAUGGCUCUUUUGACACAUAUUAGAUUGGCUCACAGCUUUUCUGAUUAUCGUAGACGUUUACAAUGUGUUCAAGCUCGACUGCAAGCUCUUUCUGUACUUGUUUACAGUAAUGCCUUGCAAGAAAAUGCCCAUAGUCUACUUCAUGCUGGAUUAUUAGAGGAAUUGGUUGAACUAUUAGAACUUCCGCAUCCUCAUCUUGUUGAUAUUCGUGCAGCUGCAUUACGCACACUCACAAGUAUCAUUCAUCUUGAUCGAAAUCCUCAUUUUCCUAAAAAACCAGGCUCUCGUCUUAAUAUGAUAAUAGAUGUUACUGGUGCCAGUUCUUACCAUGGAUUUUUACCGGUAUUGGUUCGCACAUGUAUAACAACACUUACAUCGCCACAACCAGAUGGUCAGCCUUUUCCUUUAGCAUUGGCUACUGCAUUGUUCAGUUUCUUGUAUCAUCUUGCUAGUUAUGAAGCCGGUGGAGAGGCUCUUGUUAGCUGCGGAAUGAUGGAAAGUCUUCUUAAAGUGAUAAACUGGCCUGGAAGUGAAUUAGAGCAUAUUACGUUUGUAACGAGAGCUGUACGAGUGAUUGAUCUCAUUACAAAUAUUGAUAUGCAAGGAUUUCAAGCACACGGUGGUUUAUCUAGUUUUAUAAAUAGAUUAGAUAUGGAAGUUAAUAUUUGUAGAAAGGUACAGCCUUUCGAAAUCGAUCCAAGUAUGUACAACCAAGAUGUAUCAGUACCUACUCGUGAAAAAUUAAACGACAAUUCAGAUGAAGCUGGUCCAUCACGCACUUCCAAUGAGGUUUUCGAUGAACGUGAAGAAACGUGUAACCCUAUGGAAUUUUCCGAAGACGAAAACACUAAUUCUAAAACUGAAACUAAAAUAGAACAAAAUUCAAGCAGCAACAGCUCGCCGAUACGGUCUGGUAAAACAUGUUUACCUCAACGAGCUGCACUGUUGAAAUCAAUGUUUAACUUUUUGAAAAAAGCUAUUCAAGAUCCAGCGUUUUCAGACAGCAUUAGGCAUGUAAUGGAAGGCGAAUUACCGUCUUCGUUGAAACAUAUUAUUAGUAAUUCAGAAUAUUAUGGACCAUCGUUGUUUUUACUAGCAAUUGAUGUAGUUACAGUUUAUGUUUUUCAAGAACCAUCAUUAUUAUCUUCGUUGCAAGAUAACGGUUUAACGGAUGUAGUACUUCACGCUUUGCUCAUUAAAGAUGUUCCGGCCACUAGAGAAGUUUUAGGUUCUUUACCGAAUGUGUUCAGCGCUCUGUGUCUAAAUCAACGUGGACUUGAAUCAUUCAUGAAACGUCGACCUUUUGAAAGAAUUUUUAAAGUAUUAAUAUCACCGAAUUACUUAUCGGCUAUGCGACGGCGUCGUAGUGCUGAUCCUCUAGGAGAUACCGCAUCUAAUCUCGGUAAUGCUAUGGAUGAGCUUAUGCGUCAUCAGCCAAGCUUGAAAACAGAUGCGACUGCAGCGAUAAUAAAAUUACUUGAAGAAUUGUGUGUACUUGGUUGCGAUCCACGAUACAUAUGCUGGCGAGCAGCUAGUAAAGCUGAUAAUUCACCAUCGAGUUCCAGUUCUAAUACUCGACAAUCAUCCGGUCAAUCAGUUGGUGUUGGUGUAGGUGAUAAUGGAGCUGGAAGUGGUGGAGCCGGAGGAAGUAGUAGUGAUGAAGAAGAGGAAGACGAAGAAGAGGCAAGCACAAGUUCGCAUCCACAACGUGAAGAACAACCAUCACCAUCACCAGUACAGCCUGGACCUCCACCGCAACAACCUCGAGAAAAAACACCAAUUGCUCUUGUUGAUUAUAUUCACAAUGUAAUGAAAUUUGUGGACGCAAUAUUAAGUAAUAAUUCAACCGAUGAUCAUUGUCGUGAAUUUGUUUCACAAAAAGGUUUAGUUCCAUUGCUGUCUAUCCUUGGAUUACCCAAUUUACCAGUUGAUUAUCCUGUAGCACAACCCGCACAAUCUGUUGCGUCAGUCUGUAAAAGUAUUCUUAAUCUCGCUCAUGAACCACUUGUAUUAAAAACUGGUCUAUUGCAACUGAAUGAAGUACUAUGCCUUUUAAAACCACUUCACAGUCAUAUGGAAUCACCUGGAGGCUCAGUUCUUCUUCAUGAACUUGCAUCCGCACCUAAUUUAGAAACAGCAUUCACAAGUGAUACUGCAACACCACUACUUCAUGCUAUGAAUGCUGCUCAUAGUUAUGUUGUAAUGUUCGUUCAUGUCUGUCGAACUAGUCAAAGUGAAAUAAGAAAUCUCUCUAUGAAUCAUUGGGGCUCAGAAUUAGGUUUAGCAGUUCUCCAGGGCUUAUCAGAAUUAUAUAUGUCACUUGUGUGGGAAAGUACGCUUUUACUUGCACUUUGUAGUGAUGAUAGCAUUCCAGCUGGAUGUGAUUUUGGUAAAGAAGACAUGGAUAAACUUAUCCCAGCUGAAUUAAAAACAGAUGGAGAUACAUCUAUUUGGCCCAGUGCUUCUGCUGCAUCAGACAUGGGUAGUAAUGGUAUGACAACUGCUAUGGAAGCUUUGAGCACUGAUCCUCCGCCAGUGUCAAUGGAAGUUGAUGAUAGUAAACCAAACACUAGUACUGGAAGAGCAUCACCCAGUCCACAUCAACUUAAAUACAUUAAACCACUUUUAGGUGCAUCCUCAAGACUUGGUCGUGCUCUGGCAGAAUUAUUUGGUUUAUUAGUUAAACUUUGUAUGGGUUCACCCAUUCGACAACGUCGUGGACAACAAUUACCGAUGAUGCCAACUAUACCUAAUUCUGCAGCACGUGGUGUUGCCUGUGCUCUUAAUAUUUUGCUCACUCGUGGAUUAUCUUGGGACAAACUUCCACCGUCACCGCUUCCUAAAUUUAAAUUGACUUUUCUUAUCUGCUCUUUAGGAUUCACCUCGCCCAUGUUAUUUGAUGAAAAACGACAUCCUUAUCAUUUGAUGUUACAGAAAUUUGUUCAAUUAGGAGGACAAAAUGCAUUUUUCUCCACAUUUCGUUGGGCUUUGUCAGGUGGUGAGCAGUUCUCUUUAUCUGAGGGCUUAGAACACCCUGACCUACCUGAUGGAACUGGUGAAUUUCUUGAUGCUUGGUUGAUGCUUCUAGAAAAAAUGGUCAACCCUAAAGCUAUAUUAGAUUCACCCCACGUUGGAUUAGCUAAGUGUACUGGUUUCAAUAAUACUUAUCGAUCCCAAGAUCCAAUAAUUAAAUAUUUACAAGAUAUACACAAAAAGGCAUUUGAAGCAGUCAUGCUUAUGUGGGGUAAGAAACCUCUUAAGAAUUAUGGCGCACGAAUGACUGAAUCCAUAUUAUCUAUUUUGCGACAUAUUCUCCGUGGAGAAAAAUUAAUUAAAGAACGUACUGAGGAAGAAACAACUGAAGACACAUCAACUACUAGUACAAGUGGAACAGCUGCAGCAGUAUCUAGAGCAGGAAGUAAUAAUGCUACUACAGAACGUCGAGAUGACCCUGAAGCAGAUGUCAAUGCUGAACAUCUUCGACAAUUAAUGGACAUGGGUUUCAGUCGUGCUCAUUGUGUGGAAGCUUUGCUUCAUACACUGUCUGUUGAACAAGCAACUGAUUAUCUGUUGAGUAAUCCAGCAACUCAACGUCGACCUGAUGUUUCUGUUGGCGAUGUUAGUGGCCAAGGACCUAUUAUGGAUUUAGAUUUUACAGACGAUCAAGUUAUGUAUGCUAUUGCAAUGUCCUUAGGUGAUUCAGAUACUCGAAAAUCUACUGAAGAACCACGAGAUGUACCUAUCACACAAACUAUCGAUGAAUUUACUGGUACAGCUUUGGAACAAUGUCUCAAUUUACUUGAUUUAAUGCCCGAUACUGUGUACAGAAUUUGUGAUCUUUUGGUAACAAUCACCAAAAGAAACGGUGAAGAAUGGCGUGAUACUAUGUUACGUCAUUUGAUACGUGAUAUAGGUGAACUUGUUGAUUAUCUUAUUGAUGUUGCAGAAUCAGCGGAAGAGGAUGCUGGUGUACGAUUAGUUGAAUGCGAACAAGCCACUAAAGUUGCUGGACGGAUAUAUUUAUACACAUUGUUCUUCGAAGGAACUUUCCAAGAAAUGAGAGUUCCUUGUGCACAGAUAGUCGAAGAAAGUGGAAUUCUCAAUAAACUUGUUGAUCUUUUAGUAGCAAGUGAAGGACCAUUAACAUCGCAUAAAGUUAAACUUACAAAAGAAUGCAAAGAUGGUCAAAUGCCUGUUAUUAAAACACCUAAAUGGCUUGCACCUCUUCUUUUACUUAUUGAUAGACUGGAAAAAGUCGCUGUAUUAACUCAGCGUAAGCAGCUUAUGCACAAAGUAACAAAUAAAGUGUGGAAGUGGUUUGAUUUGAGCAGUGGAAAAUGGACAGCAUAUUCACCAUUAAAUAAUCGUUUAAUUAAUGAUGCUUAUUGGGCUGGUGAACCAAGUGUACGGAUAAAUUGUUCACGCCGACGAUAUUUAAUAACAUUUUCAUGUAUGACACAAGUUAAUGAAGAUAGUGACAAUAGACGACCUAUCACAAUGGACUUUAAAUUCCAAAAUGCUAGCAGUGAUGACGCGAGCUCAGGAUCUGAUUCCAAUAUGGAUACUGAAGAAACACCAUCAGAAGAAAAACGUAAUAAUACAGUUGUUCAAGGUUUAAAUCCAAUCGCUGCGCCAACUAUUGUUAGUACAUGUGUUAAACUACUGGCAAUUCCGGUUGAUCGUGAUACUUUACAUGCUUUAAUGAAAGUAUGUUUACGAUUAACACGAGAUUAUAACAAUGCUCAAGUAUUUGCUAAAGAAGGUGGUGUAAAAUUACUUUUGGAAAUGACUCAGGCAAGUAGUUUUAUUGGUUGUAUUAGUUUGAGCACUCUUUUAAUUCGACACACCCUAGAAGAACCACAAACACUUCGUCUCGCAAUGGAAAAAGUUGUUCGUAGUCGUACUCAAACAAAUAUUCCACCGGCUUAUAAAGAAAUUCUAUUUAUGACACGACAAAUAAGUAGUGCCGUUUGUAGAAAUCCUGAGGUUUAUCGUGAGGUGUGUGAUGAUAUUUUAAGAGUGGACAUAAGUGUUUUGAAAAAAGACGAUACUGAUAAUCGUCUUGUUGUAAAAGCUUUACCUUCAAAUCAUUCAUCAGCGACGCCAAUGGUCGAAGAAAUUUCUAUCAGCGUUGUUCACGAUCUACUUAAUGCUUUGAUAAAACCAGUUCCUGUAUUUCCGGAUGACAACACCGCUACACCAACUGGAACUCCGGAAAAAAAAUCAACAAAUCUCACAACAAUAGCAGCAACAGCACACGGUGUAUCAGCCACAAGUUCACGACGAACUGAUGGUACAAGAAACAAUGCAUCUACUGCAAAUGGACCAUUAGAUGAUGAUGAUCAAAUAGUACCUCUAAAAAUGUAUACCGAUUAUAUGAGCAAUGGAAAAGUUGAACCUGAAGAAGCCAAAAAGCCUUUACUUUCAAAAUCUGCUAUUUUAAAGAUGUUGGCAGAAUCGAUACGUUCUUACGGUGCUGUUGCUAAUUUAAUAGCUGAACAUACAUAUAGAGCAAACCAAAGUGAAAUGGUUUCUGAGGAAAUAACAGCACUAGGUUUUCUUUUGGAUAAACUUUUACCCAUAUUGCCAGAAAAUUCAGGUGAUCGUCAGUGCAGUAGCAUGGCACGUAUGCUUAUUGCUGCUAUUGCUUCUUGUAAUCAUUCACCUGAUGCCCAAACGACUUUAGUUACUGAAGUUAAAGCAGCUCUACUACGAACGUUAACGUUACCAGAAAGCUCGGAAAAACAUGCUCAAUUACAAUUAAUCAUUGGAUUAAUUUCAACAAUGAUUGACAGUUGUCCUCCUACGUCACAUACUCCAUUACGAGUGCCGUCAAAAGUUCAUCAGUAUAAUAAUGUCAAUUAUAUUGUUAGAAUAAUGUUGAAAAAAGGAAUAAUUACAGACUUAGCUAAAAUUCCUCACAGUCUUGAUUUGUCAAGUCCAAAUAUGGCUGGUACUAUAAACGCCGCAUUAAAACCUCUUGAAACAUUAUCAAGAAUUAUAAAUCAACCAAUGCCUGGAACAGUUAACAACAAAUUUCCAAAACCGAAAAAUCGUACUGUUCAAGAUGAACCAAUUGGUGAUCAAACUGGUACAACGACAUCAGAAGCAACUCACGCUGUUGGUGAGGAAACUAAUGAAGAUGCUGAAAAUACCGAGCAUGAUAUUUCUUUAAAUGCUGAAAGUCUUGAACCUACUUCUGAAAGUCAAGUUCAUGAAGAGGGUGACGAAGCUGCGUUGGAAGAUAUUAUGGAUCAACUUUUAGAGAGAGACGGCUCGGCCGUUACUGAAGAACCAACAUCACGUUCUCACCGACCAAUGGAUAUUGAUGAUGAAAGUCUUGCAAUGCGUGACACUGAUGGUGACUUUGAUCCUACUCGUGACACAACCGUAAGAGUAACGUCUCGUUCAGUCUAUAUGACCAUUACAACGUAUUUCAAAAACCAAAAGAGCAUAUUAAAAAAUAUAGUUUAUUCUUUUUAAAGAGACGUGAGCAAUGUCGUAAUGAUCCCCCACAAUUACGAUAACCAUGACAAUAACGCAGCCUUACCAACAUCAACAAGACCUAAUCAUUCUUGGAGUGCAAACUUUCCUUUACCCGUUUCACUAUUUGAAGAUUUACCUUCUGUAUCUGAAAGUAACGGCAUUGGAUCGCAUCCAUUAUUAUUGGGAAGUGGGGGAAGUUUAGAUAUAGCCAACUCAAGAGCUCAAAGAGCUUUACGUCAACGUAGAUACCAAUAUCUUCAAAUAGCCAAUCCACGAAAUUCAAAUUCUCCAGUUAUUUUACAACGAUUACUGGUUCCAGCAGCUCAAACACUUCCUAUGUCGGCCAGUCAAGUAUUAGCAUCAGGAUUUCGUGAUACACGUGUCGUUGUAAUGGAUAAUAGUCUUGGUAUUUUCUCUAAUCAAGAAGAAGAACAAAUAGACUUUGUAGAUCAAUCAGGUUACUUGUUUGGACCUAGUUUAGCAGCAACAUUAAAUAACAUUCCUACGGCUCUUCACUGGUGGAUUGAAGAGAGCAAACUUUUGGAUGGUGAUUCACAACCAGAUUGUUGUGUUGGGAUUGUUCACAAAUUAAUUUCAAAAUUAGAAAAGCAACGUAAUGCAGAAUUAGCUGAGAGAAAAGACAAACGUAAAAAACAACAAAAUACUGAAAAAGAUACGGAAAAAGACAGUAAAGACGCUAAAGAUUCUUCGAAAACACGUGAGUCUGGAUCAUCAGUAAUUGUAACCUCUCCUCAAGCUGAACAACAGCAACCAUCUGGAUCUGUUCUUAUAAGGGCAAAUUCGAGAAGGCUUGCUGAUACUGUUGAAGCUGCAGUUGAAGCGGUGGGCGAAAAUACCAACCGUGAAGAUAAUGUAAUUGAAAUCACUGGUGAAAUGGAAGUAACUGUACAAGAUGAUGAAGAGCGAACUCCACCUCCACCUCCACCACCUCCACCUCCAGAAGAACAGAUACCUGAUACAAGAAAUCCUUUAACUAUUCUCAAUGCGCCACUCGAACUUGCAGAAAGUUUGAUAGAUUCUGUUCUUCAACCUAGCACAGAAGAAGCUACAAGAUUACGAAGGCUGAACUCAAAUCGUGAUUCGGAUGAAAUGAAUCUCAAUCGUUCAUACAAUCCACUUCCAGAAUCAAGAGAUCCCGAUGCUUGGGUACAGAGAUUAUUGGGUAUUGAUCAGUCUCGACGAGAAAAUAAUGCCAAUAUUUCAAUUCAAGAUCCUUCAUCGUCAUCAUCUACCUCAGAUAACAUUAUAACAUUUACCGAACAAUGUGAAUCUCAACAAACAUUAGAACAACAACCACAACCACCAACUUUGGAUCAACAACAACAACAACAACAAUCUUCACAAUCACAGAUAGCAACACAACAAACACCUUCAAACCAAACAACAUCACAAGAAGCGCAAGCACAAUCAACUGAAUCACCAGAAACGCCUACUGAACAACAACCGACACAACAACCAGGACAAUCUCAAGCUCAAGCACAGCAACAGUCGUCACAAGAACUUCAAUUACCAGAUGGAGUGGAUCCUUCAUUCCUUGCUGCGUUGCCCGAUGAAAUGCGUGAUGAAGUGAUCGCUGAACAAUUGAGACUCCAACGAAUAAGACAACGUACGCAAGCAACCGUUGUUGAAGAAGUUACUGGUCCGGUGGAAGUUAAUCCAGAAUUUUUAGCUGCAUUACCACCAGCUAUUCAAGAGGAAGUUCUUGCACAGCAACGAUUAGAGCAACAGCGUCACGCUGCAGCUUCCGCUAAUCCAGCAGAUCCAGUAGAUGCUGCAGCUUUUUUCCAAAAUCUCCAACCAUCAUUACGGCAAGCUAUUCUUACAGAUAUGGAAGAAUCACAAAUGUCUGUAUUGCCUCCUGAUCUUGCUGAAGAAGCGCAAAAUUUACGUAGACAAUGGGAAGCACGUAAUCGACAUUUAAUGCAAGAACGUUUUCUUAAUCAUGUUAGUCAAGGUAGUACAGCACUGUCAAGCAUUUUAAGAAAUUCUGGGCGAGGUAGAGGUGGAGGAACACGGUAUGCUAUCCACUCAGUAACUCAAAGAGCUCAAUGGAACUCAUGGAAUCCACGUGGUGAAACUAGUAUUUCUCAUCAAAGUGCAGGACUGCGUUUACGUGGACGACAACUUCUUGAUCAUGAGUCAAUGGCAUGUUUACUUGUACUUUUAUUUGUUGAUGAACCAAAAAUUAACACACUAAGACUUCAUAGAGUCAUUAGAAAUCUUUGUUAUCACACAAACACGCGAGAAUGGGUAGUGAAAGCUCUUUUAAAUAUCAUGGAACGUAGUAAUGAUGAAAAUAAAGAAAUAAUGAAUGAUUUUACUGGUAAAUUUAAAAGAAAAACAGCACAUUCAUCCAUUGAUUACUGUUCACCUAAAUCGGACUCAAGAAAUAAUUUGCAAUCAUGGUUAAAUAUAAGUAUCGAUGCUGCUCUUGGUUGUCGUGCUAAUGUAUUCCAUAUUUUACGACAUACUGGAAAAAAAUCGGAAAGAAUAGGAAGUACGAUAGCAAUUCAUCCUCAAGCAGCACCAACUGUUUGUAGGCAUACCUUAGAACUUCUUAUAUCAUUAGCUAAAAGUUUUCCUGGUUACUUUGUGCCAACAAAAUUUAAAGAAUCUGAAGAUAAGAGUAAAGAAAAAGAAUCUAGUGUUAAAGAAGAGACUGGAGCUAAACCAAAGUCCGCAUCAAAAUCCAUAAAAAGUGAUAUUCCAGAUUUUUGGGAUAUGCUCCUCAAACUAGAUUGUUCUGUUUCGAAAAAAGGUAAAUCUGUUGCCCGAGGACACUUGACAUCUGGAUUUGGUAGUGAGUCUGAACAAAGUUUAACAUCAUUUGAAUCAUCAGCUUUCGGACAAUUGAUAUCAAUGCUUAAUUGGUCAGUUGUUAGACGCAGUAGUCAGUUAACUGAUAAAUUACUUCGACUUCUCUCUUUAAUAUCAAUUGGCCUCACUGAAGUUAAUUCUUAUCGACGUCAAGAUGCUGCAAAAAAUAAAAAAGUCGAACCAAGUAAAGAACAGAGUGUAGCGGCACCUGAAGGACAUCUUCGUCUUGCGGUUCAAGUUUUAACAAGCAAAAGUUGUUCUGAAGAAGGUUUAGAAGACGCUACUGCUUUACUUCUUAAUUUAUCUCAUUGUCCCGAUCCUACACGACAAUUGAUAUUAAAACUUUUACUAGAAGGAGCUAUGGAAUUAGCUAAUAUGGUAUGUGAUCAUAUUAGUGAAUUAAUGAAAGAACUUAAGGUAUUGAAUUUAGAAAUACGUCGUAGAAAUUCAUUAGAAGAUCAACCAUCAACAAGUGCCAGUGUAUCAGGUCGUGGUAAUUUAACAGAUCGAUUUACUCAAGACAGUGUUGUUAUUACUGCACCCUCUAAAGUUAAAGCUGGUACCGAUCUUCAAUUACCAUCAAUGAGUGCUCUGGUCAGCAAGACUUCUAGUCAAGCAUUCUUCUUACGAAUACUUAAAGUUAUUGUACAAAUUAGAGAAGCCGUUUAUUUGGCAAAUAAAAAGAAAAAUGAGACUGCACAACAUACAGAGACUGCUAUGGAAACUACAGUACCAUCAACACAACAAGCACAAGAAACUACUGUUGAUGAUAGUACAUCUGAAAGUACUGCAAUGGAUAUUGCACAAGCCGCUAACACAAUAACAACUUUAGCAACAAUGACACCACCAACAGCAGCAGCAGCAGCAGCAUCAACAACAGCAACAGCUACAACAACAACAACGACGACGACAACUACUGCUGCUACUACUACUACUGCCGCAGUAGCAGCAACGGUAGAAGUGGCACAGCCGGACAACCUUAAAGCGCCAUCAUCUUCUUCACGAACAGAUGAGGAUAAAUCAGCACUUCCAUUAUUGAGCGAAAGUCUGGUACUAGAUAACUUAUGGGAAACUUUGAGUGCCUGUCUACUUGAGUUGGAACACACUCCAGAUCAUCAUGCCGUCCUUGUUCUUCAACCUGCGGUUGAAGCCUUCUUUUUAGUACAUUCGUCAUCAAGUACGUCUACGCGAGAUCGUAACAAUGAGACAAAUGCUGAACCUAGAGAAGCCGUUGCGGAUAUAGCGCCUGUUUCACCAAGUUUCAAUGAAAAUGAAGGUCAAUCACAAAAUGAGACUGCCAACACAAUUGCUGCAUGGGACAUGACUCCUGCACCACCAAAAUCAUUACCGUCCGAUCAACUGAAAUUCCUUAAAUUUGCUGAAACACACAGAACUGUUUUAAACCAAAUUUUACGGCAAACAACAACUCACUUAGCGGAUGGUCCGUUCUCUGUACUUGUUGAUCACACCAGAGUUUUAGACUUUGAUGUUAAACGAAGAUAUUUCCGAACGGAAUUAGAACGCAUGGAUGAAGGUAUCAGAAGAGAAGAACUUGCUGUCCAUGUUCGAAGAAGUCAUGUCUUUGAGGAUUCAUUUAGAGAGCUUCAUCGUAGAAAUGCUGACGAAUGGAAAAAUCGUUUUUACAUUGUUUUUGAAGGUGAAGAAGGUCAAGACGCUGGUGGGUUACUCAGAGAAUGGUAUGUCAUCAUUUCAAGAGAAAUAUUUAAUCCUAUGUAUGCACUCUUUACGGUCAGUCCUGGUGAUCGGGUUACAUACAUGAUUAAUUCAUCGUCUCACUGUAAUCCUAAUCAUUUGUGUUAUUACAAAUUCGUCGGCAGAGUUAUAGCCAAAGCAAUUUACGACAACAAAUUGUUAGAGUGCUAUUUCACUCGUAGCUUUUAUAAGCAUAUUCUUGGUAUUCUUGUAAAACAUACUGAUAUGGAGAGCGAAGACUAUAGUUUCUACAAGGGCCUGGUAUAUCUAACUGAAAACAAUAUUUCUGAUCUUGGAUACGAACUGACAUUCUCUGCAGAGGUCAACGAAUUCGGGGUCAAUGAUGUUAGAGAUUUAGUACCUAAUGGACGCAAUAUUGUUGUCACAGAAGAUACAAAACUUGACUAUAUAAGAUUAGUCUGUCAAAUGAAAAUGACUGGAGCUAUUCGUAAACAAUUAAAUUCAUUCUUAGAAGGUUUCUAUGACAUCAUUCCAAAACGAUUAAUAUCUAUAUUUAAUGAACAAGAAUUGGAGCUAUUGAUAAGCGGUCUACCAAACGUCGACAUCGAAGAUCUUCGAGCAAACACAGAGUAUCAUAAAUAUAGUGUUACCUCGCUUCAGCUUCAAUCAAUUAGACUUACCUGUGUAUGAGACCUACGAUAAACUACGAAGCAACUUACUUAAAGCGAUUCAUGAAUGUAGCGAAGGAUUCGGAUUUGCAUAA